GCUUCUCCUUGCUGAGGCUGGGACAUGGGGGAGCCGCUGUGCACAUGCGUGCGGCCGGCCACAGCCUCCCUCCGGCCCCUGAGACAGGAUUCUGCCUCUCGCAGCUCAGCUCCAGGCAGACGUGGCUCCGGCGACCACAUUCCUUGUAGGAAAGACGAGGGAAGAGAGAUCAUGUCGCGGCUGGAGCAGUCUUGGAACUGGCUGGCGGUCACAGUCGGCGCACUUCUGACUUUAACGCCCUCGGCUUGCGGGGACGCACAGGGUUCGCGUCCAAACGUCCUUCUCCUCAUGGCCGACGAUUUCGGCAUUGGCGACCUUGGCUGCUAUGGUAACAACACCAUCAGGACCCCAAACAUUGACCGCCUGGCCCAGGACGGUGUGAUGCUCACCCAGCACCUGGCGGCCGCGUCCGUGUGCACCCCGAGCCGGGCUGCCUUCCUAACGGGCAGAUACCCUCUCCGUUCAGGUAUGGUUUCCAGUGAUGGUUACCGUGUUCUUCAGUGGGCUGCAGUCUCGGGAGGGCUCCCAGCUAAUGAGACAACUUUUGCAAAGAUAUUAAAAGGCAGAGGCUAUGCCACAGGCCUAAUAGGAAAAUGGCAUCUGGGUCUCAACUGUGAAUCUUCCAGCGACCACUGCCACCACCCGCUCAACCACGGAUUCGACCACUUCUAUGGAAUGCCGUUUUCCAUGAUGGGAGACUGCAUCCACUGGGAGCUGUCCGAGAAGCGUGCAGGCAUGGAGCACAAACUCAACGUCUGCUUCCAGAUCGUGGCCUUGGCUGCCCUCACGCUCGCCGCUGGGAAACUCGCCCGCCUGACGUCAGGCUCCUGGACUCCGGUUGUCUGGUUGACCAUUGCUGCCAUCUUGCUCUUCACGACCUCACGUUUCCUGGGUGUCCUGAUCGUUCAUGCAGACUGCUUCCUGAUGAGAAACCACACCAUCACUGAGCAGCCCAUGCGCGUUCAAAGGACGACAUCUCUUAUUCUCACAGAGGUGGCGUCCUUCAUCCAAAGAAACAAGCAAAGACCUUUCCUCCUGUUUGUCUCCUUUCUGCACGUGCACACGCCUCUGAUCACCACCGAGAAGUUCCACGGGAAGAGUGCCCACGGGCUGUACGGUGAUAACACAGAAGAGAUGGACUGGAUGGUGGGGAAGAUCCUGGACACUUUGGACAUGGAAGGGUUGACCAACAGCACCCUCGUUUAUUUUACGUCGGACCAUGGGGGAUCCUUAGAGUCUCAACUCGGAAACAACCAGUAUGGCGGCUGGAAUGGAAUUUAUAAAGGCGGCAAAGGCAUGGGGGGCUGGGAGGGCGGCAUCCGCGUCCCGGGGAUCUUCCGGUGGCCUGGGGUGCUGCCGGCCGGCCGCGUGAUCCACGAGCCCACCAGCCUGAUGGAUGUCUUCCCCACCGUGGUCCAGCUGGGGGGCGGCGAGGUGCCCCGGGACAGGGUCAUCGAUGGCCGGGACUUGCUGCCCUUGCUGUUGGGGACCACGCAGCACUCGGCUCACGAAUUCCUGCUGCAUUACUGCGAGGAUUCUCUGCACGCGGCGCGCUGGCACCAACGAGACGAAGGAAGAGUCUGGAAAGUGCACUUCGCGACCCCAGUGUUCCACCCGCACGGAGCCGGCGCCUGCUACGGGAGGGCCGUGUGCCCGUGCUUCGGAGACCAGGUCACCCACCACCACCCCCCGCUGCUCUUCGACCUGUCCAGAGACCCUUCCGAGGCCCACGCCCUCACGCCGGACACGGAGCCCUCCUUCUACCAGGUGCUGGACACGGUGGCCCGGGCCGUGGAGGGGCACCGCCGCUCGCUCAGCCCCGUCCCGCUGCAGCUGGGCGCGCGGGGCAACGCCUGGAGACCGUGGCUGCAGCCGUGCUGCGGCCCCUUCCCGCUCUGCCGCUGUGACCGCGAGGGCGGCCCGGCCCCAGGGCCGCCCAGGGAGCCCUAGCUCCCUCCGCGGUCCCUGCUGGUCUUUCACGGUGGAAAUAAAACUCCCCUAUGGGGUUAACUUA